AUGCCCUAUGUGGGAAAGGGCUUACUUCACUCACGAAGACAGACAUUAAUUGGUUGUGAAGACGAAAUUGGCGCUACAACGAUGACCAACGCACACUCAAGUAGUGAAGACGCAGGCGAAGCAUUGUUGCAGAGCAAUGGGCAGGCAAAUCUCAGUGAUAAGGUUAAUAUGGACUUGAAUGAUGAUAACGGGAAUAAAGCAUCCCGGGGAAGAAAAGCAAGUGCCAGUGGGGAUAGUUUUGUUAGAAACAAAGAAAUGGACGAAUUCGAACACAGACAGAGGCAAUGGUACAGGAUGGUUAUCUUUGAUUUGGUGUUGUGGAUGUUUUCGGUGGUAUGUGAUUGCUUUUUCAGGGAGAUACGUCCAAGAGGGGCGUUCAGGCUUCCUCGCCAGGGACCGGUGAUUUUCGUGGCUGCUCCACAUGCUAACCAGUUUGUGGAUCCAAUUAUCUUGAUGGGACAGGUUAGAAAAGAGGCACAACGGAGGGUGUCGUUUUUAAUCGCUGCCAAGUCGUAUAAGCAGCGGAUUAUUGGGUUUUUGUCUCGAUGCCAAUUUUCGAUUCCAGUAAUACGGGCUCAGGACAAUUUGAAGAAAGCUACAGGUAAAAUUUUUAUUGAUGUGGAACUGGAUCCCUGCCGUGUGACAGGGAAGAACACCAAGUUUUUGCUGGAGUGUGCUGUCCGGGGUAUGUUGGCUUUGCCUCAGUCGUUGGGGGCUUCUGAAAUCCUGGAGAUUAUCUCAGACACUGAGUUAGUUAUCAGAAAGGAGUUCAAACGCACUGACCAGAUCACCACCUUGCUUAAAAACGGUACUUCUUUCAAGCUGGCAGAUAGAAUCGACCAGAAAAAAGUGUAUCAAAUUGUGUUUAGACAUUUAUCUUUGGGUAACUGUAUCGGUAUUUUUCCAGAGGGUGGGUCGCAUGAUAGGACUGACUUGUUACCUCUUAAGGCUGGUGUUGCAAUCAUGGCUCUAGGUGCUAUGGAGUAUAAUCCAGAUUGUAAUGUGAAAAUUGUCCCAUGUGGUAUGAACUAUUUUAACGCUCACAAAUUCAGAUCAAGAGCUGUAAUCGAAUUCGGUCAUCCUAUUGACAUCCCUAAGGAGCUCGUCAAGAAGUAUCUGAACCCUGAAACAAAUCGUGAAUCAGUUAAGGAACUAUUAGAUCUUAUCACCACUGGGUUGAAAGCAGUAACGGUGACUUGUGAAGAUUAUGAAACUUUAAUGGUUGUUCAAGCGGCUAGAAGAUUAUAUGCUGGUAAUUUUGUUCAAUUCUUGCCAUUACCAUUGGUUGUUGAAAUGAACAGAAGAUUAGUAUUAGGUUAUCAGACAUUUAGGAACGAAGAGCAGAUCAAAAACUUAAAGGAGAAGAUUAUCAUUUACAACAAUCAGUUGAAACAGUUAUAUUUGCCAGAUCAUCAUGUUGAAGCAUGCGAUGAGUCUCAUAAAUUGAGAGUUUUACCGAUUUUACUCUUCAGAAUUGUCAAAUUGUUUUUAUUGAUGUUAUUAGCCUUACCUGGUGCAACAUUGUUUUCUCCUGUUUUCAUAUGUACAAAGUGGUAUUCCACGAGGAAGGCAAAGACAGCAUUAGCUAAUUCUACUGUGAAAAUCAAAGCUAACGACGUAGUUGCUACUUGGAAAAUAUUGAUAAGUAUGGGUAUCGCUCCUUUAGUCUAUAGCUUUUACGCAUCAAUCGGUACGUGGUAUUGUCAUAGGUACAAAAAAUUUGAAGAUUGGAAUGUUAGUUUAUUUUUUGUCUGGUUCAUAUUAUACAUGCUUGGGGUGAUAGUUACUUAUUCGGCGUUGCUAACUGGUGAACAAGGUAUGGAUAUCUUCAAAUCUAUUCGUCCUUUAUAUUUGUCAAUUACAUCGGGAUCUUCUAUUAAAGAUUUAAAGAAGUUAAGGAAUGAAUUGUCUGAAGAAAUUACUUACGUAGUUAAUCAUUUUGGUCCUGAUUUGUUUCCAAACGAUUUUAACUUAUUGAAGUUGAAGGAGCAUUUGAAAAUUUCUGAUAACGUGGACUACGUUGAUAGUGACGAAGAAGAAGAAAGGAAGACUCAAGAAGUGAGGAAGAGAAGAAUGAAAAAUCGUAAGGCUGCAAGAAGAAAGCAAGCUCUGGACGAUUCAAUUAGCGGAUUAUCAUUAGAUGAGAAGAAUUCUUCUUCGGUAUCCGAUGGCAUUUCUUUGAUGAAUUCAGAUAAUUCAUUAACUAAUAUUCCAAUGUUUUCUGAUUAUCAUUUGCAUAUGAAUGCUAAGAAUCCAGAUAUAAAAAUUGAACAACAGUCUGUUGUUCAUCUGUCGGCAUCGAUAGCAGAUGAUUUCAACUACAAAGUGCAUAAUUCGCCUGCUGGCAAGCCAAGUGUAUCCAGAUACGAUUCAAAUUCUCACAUUGAAUUGAAUUUUGGUAAUCUCAAAGAAGAACAGCCAUCUAAAUCAAAGUUGAGCGACAAAAUCAAGUAUAAGAUUAGGGAAAGUAGAGAUAAAGCAGCAGGUAACUGA